AACCCUGCUGAGUAGUUGACCUAGGGGGAAAAAAAUCAAAGAAUGGCGGAGGAGAGCUCUCAAGCAACAAUGGCGACAAUCAGCAUCAAAGACCACGGUCUCCCCGACGACACCCACAAUCUUUACGACGUCACCUUCUGCACCGACGAAAUUCACACCCUCCUCGCCCAAUCCCCCGGUCCCCUCCACCAAUGGCUCCUCGAAACCACCCAGCAGCAACGGACCUCCAACUCAUCCGCCGCCGCGCCGGUGGUGGUCGGCCUGGACGUGGAGUGGCGCCCCAACUUCAGCCGCAACAUGGACAACCCAAUCGCGACCCUCCAGCUCUGCGUGGGCAACAGGUGCGUGAUCUUCCAGCUGAUCCACUCCCCCUCAAUCCCUCAAUCCCUCUUCGAUUUCCUCCGGAGCAAGGACUAUGUCUUCGCCGGCGUCGGAAUCGACGGCGACGUGGAGAAGCUGUUGGAGGAUUACGGCUUGAAAGUGGCCAAUGUUGUUGACCUGAGGCAACUGGCGGCGAGUAAGCUUGGAGUGAAGGAGCUGAAGAACGCGGGGCUGAAGCAGCUGGCGAAGGAAGUGCUGGGGAAAGAGAUCGCCAAGCCCAAGAGGGUACAGAUGAGCAGGUGGGACAACCCUUGGCUCACUCCUGUCCAAGUUCAGUAUGCCUGCAUUGAUGCCUUCUUGUCUUGUAAGAUUGGGGAAAGUCUCAUGGCUGCCGCGGAAGCUGGUAGUGGUGGUGCUUAGUCCCAUUUUGCGUCUGGGAUUUGGGGUUCCAUGUGAUGUGAGGCUUAGGGUUUCCAUUGCUGUGAAUUGUGAAUGAAUGACUUAGAAUCAUGAUUGAAGUAUGAAUGAAUGGAAUGAUUUGAAUGACUAGAAAAGCUUUGUGUGUUGUUUGAGCUUUGGGAUAUAAAAUCUGGUCACUAGCUUGUAUAAAUAGUAUGUUGCCAAGCGUGCAAUUCAAAUGAUUGGCUGCUGUUGGAGCUGCGAUAGAUCUCGAAUUUCCUUUCGGUCUGUAGAUAAGGUCAAAUGAUGAUUUGAUAAUGUUGUUUCAUCUGUGGUGAGCUUCUAUGAAAAGGUAUAGCAAUUGUUUUAGUCGAUGAUGCUUAUUGACGAUGAAAUUAAUGCUUGCCCUUAUG